AUGUUGUUCAAAUUUGCAUGGCUCCUGCUGUGCGUGCUGCCACUGGUGGCACUCUGCGCAGAGGACUACUACAAGCUACUCGGCAUUGAAAGGGAUGCAUCAGAACGCGAGCUCAAGAAGGCAUACCGAACGCUGAGCAAGAAAUAUCACCCAGACAAGAACCCUGGUGACGAGACAGCACAAAAGAAAUUCGUCGAAGUCGCCGAAGCCUACGAAGCCCUCUCCGAAGCCGAAACCCGCAAAAUCUACGAUCAGUACGGCCACGAAGGCCUCAAACAACACAAGGAAGGAGGUCACCGUCAAGGAGGCAACCCCUUCGACCUCUUCUCUCGCUUCUUUGGCGGCGGUGGCCAUUUCGGUCACGCUCCCGGUCAACGCAGAGGCCCCAACAUGGAAGUCCGAGUCGCGGUUCCCCUCCGCGAUUUCUACAACGGCGCCGAACAUGAGAUUCAACUCGAGAAACAGGCCAUCUGCUCCAAAUGCGAGGGCUCGGGCUCCGAAGAUGGCAAGACCGAAACAUGCAACAAGUGCAAGGGCCACGGUAUGAUCAUCCAAAAGGCCCAACUCGCGCCAGGCAUCUUCCAACAGAUGCAAAUGCAAUGCGAUCACUGCGGAGGAAAAGGCACCACCAUCCAACACAAAUGCAAAACCUGCAGCGGCUCCCGCCACGUCAGAGAAGUCGAAAUCUUCACCGUCAACAUCGAAAAGGGCAUGCCCAAAGGCGCAAGAAUCAACUACGAAAACGAAGGCGACGAGAGCCCGGAUUACAUUGCCGGAGACCUCAUCGUGCAGGUCAUUGAAAAAGAGCCGGAACUGGGCAACGGGAAUGAAAAGCACGAUCGCACGGAUGGCACCUUCUUCCGUCGCAAGGGCAAUGAUUUGUUCUGGCGUGAAGUGUUGAGUCUACGGGAAGCGUGGUUGGGCGACUGGACUCGCAACCUCACACAUCUGGACGGCCAUGUCGUCCAACUCUCACGCAAACGCGGCCAAGUGGUCCAACCCAACGCCGUGGAGGUACUCGCAAACGAAGGCAUGCCGGUAUGGCGCCACGAAGAAGGCCCAGAAUUUGGAAACUUGCACGUCGAGUAUGUGGUUGUGUUGCCAGACCAAAUGGACAAGAGCAUGGAGAAGGAAGCUUGGAGUAUGUGGGACAAGUGGAGGAGCAAGAAGGGCGUUGAUUUGCAAAAGGAUGCUGGCAGACCGGCGGCUCCAGCUGGACAUGAUGAGCUGUAG